CAACGCCUGGUCCUUGACAAUAUUUGCCUUUUUAGCUUUCAUUUGAGAUCGAACGACCCGAAAGGCAAAGUGUAAAGUGUGAGAGAUGAGGAUGCUGAGCAUGACAUUGAAGGACUGAAUUUGAAUUUGUACAACUUUAUCAACUUCGUUUUCGUCCUUGGCCACUUCACCCCUGCUUUUCAAAACAACAAGUACUCUUGGCCAAAUGUCAUCCUUUGAUUCAUACAGAAGCUCAUCUUCAUUAAUCACAGAAAAGAAACUCUCGCUGUCUAUGGAUCAUACCGAUAAUCUACCCCUUACUCACAUCGAGUUCCACAAAACGAGCCGAGUCAGUGGCAAUCACGAAGAUCUUGCAGCGGAGGAGAACCGAGCGUUACUUGACAAAGGAGACGAAGAAGGAAAUUCAACACACUCUUCACCACUCCCUUCACAAGAUCCUUUAGGCACUAUCAAUGAUUUCUCGGUUUGGAAGUUUGGAGCUCAAGCCCUACCCUCGCUACUGCUUUCCAUCAUAGGUGGUACUCUGACGGGCGAAUUGUUAGAGACAGCUCAGACAUGGCCAGCUUUCGUACGAGUUCCGGAACUCUAUAUCCUUCUACCGAUCCUCAUGAAUUUGAAAGGAAAUCUGGAAAUGAACCUUACUGCACGCCUCAGUACCAAUGCGAACAUCGGUGAUCUAGAUCACCCUAGUAGUAGGCGCCAGUUAAUUUGGGGGAAUCUUACGUUGCUUCAAGUUCAAGCUCUCAUUGUGACCUUCUUUGCCUCGAUGAUGGCUUUUGUCCUUGGUAUUCUUUCGCGUAACAACCUACCUGGCAUAGAUCAUAUCCCACUUAAGCCGGGUAAACUGAAUGGACCUGGUUGGAACAAUGAUUUGCAGGGUGGGUACUACGAAUGCUUGCUAAUCUUGUCGGCUGGAAUGUUGGCGGCAAGCGUGAACAGUUUGUUGCUAGGUGGAUUGAUGUGUGGGUUGAUCAUUCUUUGCCGACAGUGGAGCAUCAAUCCAGAUAACAUCUCUACACCUAUUGCUGCCUCUUUGGGGGACCUCCUAACCCUUUGUUUCCUUGGCCUGACAUCUUCAACCCUCAUCCGAUACGUUCAUACACUUGCAUCUACAAUUGUACUAGCAGUGCUUUUGAUUUCGAUUGGUUUCCAUUUUACUAUCACUUUCAGGAAUAGAUUUGUUCAAGAUUUUUUAAAGAAUGGUUGGGUACCACUCUUUACUGCUAUGUUCAUUUCUACCAUCACGGGUCUACUCAUGGAGCGAUUUGUGAAUGCAUAUGAUGGUUAUGCAAUCGUUGUACUGCUCUUGACUGGAUUAAGUGGCAAUAUUGGUACCAUCUUUGUCUCCCGGAUCUCUACUGCCUUACACGCGCGAACUUCUGAACCGAGCUUGAAGGUGGGAGCGGUGUUGAUGACAAUCGCAGUCUCGGUGCUACUUGUGUCGGUUACCUAUGCUGGAAAACGGGGUUAUGUCGAACUCAACAUUGAGUUUUUCUUUGGAUUUACCUUCUGCGCUAUCAUUUCUAGCUUGAUGUCAUUGGUAUUAGCCCAUCAAUUAUCUCAUAAACUGUGGGUAUGGGGAUACGAUCCCGAUGUAUAUGCAAUUCCUCUACUGACUUCAUUAGUAGAUUUAGCAGCUCAAAUUUUACUAUCUGGUACAUUUGCUACUCUGAAAUUUCUUGCAAGGUGAAAUUUUAUCUUGCUUAAUUUUUUUCUUGGUAUCGAUCACUUUCUCUCUACCUUAACUCUAAUCAAAAGCAUAUAAUCAUUUUGUAUUAUAAACCCAAAAUCCAUCUUAAAGACCUUUUCAUGAAUCAUCAAGAGGAAUACCUAUCAUUUUUUUCGGCAGACUUUGUUUUGAAGACGAUUAUCUAAUUAAAUAAUCAUUUUACAUAUUAUAGAGAUUUCUUCAAUAUCUUUUAGUUUAGGCCAAUCAUUUCCUUUUUGUUGUUACAAUCUGAAGUUUGAAGUUCUUUGUGUUAGUAGAUGACUUUUCUAAGUUUUUGAUUAGGUUUGUUUUUGCAGCAUCCGUAAAGAUAUAGACAUUUUCCUUUCACUGUC